AUGGCCAAGGACGAGGUGAUGGAGACCGGCGGCGGCGGCGACUUCGCGGCCAAGGACUACACGGACCCGCCGCCGGCCCCGCUGAUCGACGCGGCGGAGCUGGCCUCCUGGUCGCUGUACCGCGCCGUCAUCGCGGAGUUCAUCGCCACGCUGCUCUUCCUCUACAUCACCGUGGCCACCGUCAUCGGGUACAAGCACCAGACGGACCCCGCGGUGAACGCCGCCGCCGACGCGGCGUGCGGCGGCGUGGGCGUGCUCGGCAUCGCCUGGGCCUUCGGCGGCAUGAUCUUCGUCCUCGUCUACUGCACCGCCGGCAUCUCCGGGGGCCACAUCAACCCGGCCGUCACCUUCGGCCUCUUCCUGGCGCGCAAGGUCUCCCUGGUCCGCGCGCUGCUCUACAUGAUUGCGCAGUGCCUCGGCGCCAUGUGCGGGGUCGGCCUCGUCAAGGCCUUCCAGAGCGCCUACUUCGUCAGGUACGGCGGCGGCGCCAACACGCUCGCCGCCGGCUACUCCAAGGGCACCGGCCUCGCCGCGGAGAUCAUCGGCACCUUCGUGCUCGUCUACACCGUCUUCUCCGCCACCGACCCCAAGCGCAGCGCGCGCGACUCUCACGUCCCGGUGCUGGCGCCCCUCCCCAUCGGCUUCGCCGUGUUCAUGGUCCACCUGGCCACCAUCCCCAUCACCGGCACCGGCAUCAACCCGGCCAGGAGCCUGGGCGCCGCCGUCAUCUACAACAAGGACAAGGCCUGGGAUGAUCAGUGGAUCUUCUGGGUCGGCCCCAUGAUCGGCGCGGCGAUCGCGGCCUUCUACCACCAGUACAUCCUCAGGGCCGGCGCCAUCAAGGCCCUCGGCUCCUUCAGGAGCAACGCGUAA